AUGGUUUACGUUAUAAAAAACACAUGUUUUCUUCAGAUAUUAAAAAGAAAACAAUUUUUCAAAAGAUUUCUAUGGCGAACAUACAGUUCGGACUCUCCAAUACAACCAAUUGACGUUAAGAGAAUCAGAAACUUUAGCAUUGUUGCUCAUGUAGACCAUGGAAAGAGUACAUUAGCUGAUAGGUUACUUGAAAUCACCGGUGUUAUUAAACCAGGUAACGAAAAUGCACAAGUUUUAGAUCAAUUACAGGUGGAGAGAGAAAGGGGGAUCACUGUAAAAGCUGUCACAGCAUCAUUAAAUUACUCAUAUAAUAAUGAACCAUAUUUACUUAAUCUUAUUGAUACUCCAGGUCAUGUGGACUUUUCAAAUGAAGUUGUUCGUAGUGUGACAGCUUGUCAAGGUGUUGUUCUUCUAGUUGAUGCAAAUGAAGGGAUACAAGCACAAACUGUAGCUGUUCACUCUCUUGCCAAAAGAAAUGACCUAGUCAUAUUACCAACACUUAACAAAGUUGACCUGCCCAGAGCUGACCCUGAAAAAGUUAAGAACCAACUUAAAUCAGUUUUUAAAAUAGAACCAAGUGAUGUCCUCCAAGUUUCAGCAAAAAAAGGAUGGGGUGUUGAAGAAUUGUUAAAAGCAAUAAUUACAAGAAUUCCACCACCCAAUGUAGAUACCACUGACCAUUUUCGAGCUCAUAUAAUAGACACUUGGCAUGAUAAAUAUAGGGGAGUUUUAUGCCUAGCUUAUAUCCAUUCAGGUACUCUUAAAAUGGGUCAAACAGUAAAGUGGAAAUCAGAUGUAAAACAACAUACAGUGAAGUAUUUAGCCUUAUUAAGACCAAGUGAAGAGAGUAUUACUGAGGCUAUGGCAGGACAAGUAGUUAUGGUAGGUCUAGGUACAAAAGGUGGUGGUAGCGUAGGUGACACUUUGUUGUCACCAGAAGCUACUGAUGGUAAAGACACAACGGUUCCUGCAGUAAGACACAUGGUAUACGCAGGUAUCUUUCCAGCCGACCAAUCACAGCACACACAACUCAGUGACUCUAUCAAGAAACUAUCUUUGAAUGAUUCUGCUGUCAGUGUUGCGGUUGAUUCUAGUCCUGCACUGGGCCAAGGAUGGCGUGUGGGCUUUCUCGGACUAUUGCAUUUAGAUGUAUUCACUCAGAGGCUCUUGCAAGAAUAUAAAGCUGAGGCCAUACUCACUGCACCAUCGGUUCCUUAUAAAGUUAAAGUAAAGGGUGCUAAAAUUAUCAAGCACUAUAAAGGCGAGGAUGUUAUCGUUACGAAUCCUAUGCAACUCCCUGAUGUUAGUAAUAUAGUAGAAUAUUACGAACCGUUCGUUAUAGGUACAAUAAUAAGUCCAGUAGAGUACAUCGGCGCAGUGAACACCCUAUGUAUAGAUCGUCGUGGUAAUCCUUUACCAUCUAACGCUGUGGAUGACCAGAUGACAAUGUUACAAUACAUUCUACCUUUAUCUGAAGUGGUGAUGGACUUCCAUGAUACCUUAAAGAGUAUCACAUCAGGAUUUGCCAGCUUUGAUUACCAGGAUUAUGGAUUCCACCCCAGUUCAUUAGUUAAAAUGGACAUACUAUUAAAUGGUGUUAUUGUGGACGAGUUGACAUCAAUAGUUCAUAUAAGUAGAUUGGAAUAUAACGCUAGAACAUUAACAGCUCGACUUAAGGAGAUGAUCCCACGUCAAAUGGUUCAGGUGGCAAUACAAGCUGUUGUGGGAGGAAAGGUGUUAGCAAGAGAAACAAUAAAAGCCUAUAGAAAGGAUGUAACCGCAAAAUUGUAUGGCGGUGAUAUAACCCGACGAAAGAAACUGUUAAAACAACAAGCGGAAGGAAAGAAAAAAAUGAGAAGUGUUGCCAACAUUAAAAUUCCAAGAAAUACUUUUAUAGAUGUUUUAAAAAGAUAG